AUGGCUAAACUAACAGGUACGAAAAGUGCCAAAAAAAACAAGAUCACCACGGCUAAAAAGUCCAAGGAUAUGUCACCCGAAGUUGAAAAUUUAGAUAGUGAAGUAGAUGGGGGCUCAACUUCGGCUGACAGAAAACGUGAGCACCAAAGUGAAGAUGACGAGAACAGUAAAGCACAGGCUUCUGGUUCAGAAGCCGUUGAAGAAAUUGAUGACGUUAAGUCAUCCAAGGACUACUCUUCCACCGUUUAUGAAAAUUUCACUGACUUGAAGCUCUCAGAACCUACAUUGAAAGCCAUUGGAAACAUGGGAUUUACCAAGAUGACAGCAGUCCAAGCCAGAACUAUCCCUCCUUUACUUGCUGGCAGAGACGUUUUAGGUGCAGCUAAGACAGGAUCGGGUAAAACUUUGGCAUUUCUGAUUCCUGCCAUUGAAAUGUUGUACUCUUUGAAGUUUAAGCCCAGAAAUGGUACAGGAGCCAUUGUGAUCACUCCUACCAGAGAGUUGGCUCUUCAAAUUUUUGGUGUCGCUAGGGAACUGAUGGAGAGUCAUUCUCAAACCUUUGGUAUCCUUAUUGGUGGUGCCAAUAGAAGAGCUGAAGCUGAAAAGUUAAUGAAGGGUGUAAAUAUAAUCAUUGCUACUCCCGGAAGGUUGUUAGACCACUUACAGAACACUAAGGGAUUCAUUUUCAAGAACCUUAAGGCUUUGAUCAUCGAUGAAGCUGACAGAAUCUUGGAAAUUGGGUUCGAAGACGAAAUGAAACAAAUAAUAAAGAUUCUUCCAAAUGAGAACAGACAAACCAUGUUAUUCUCGGCUACUCAGACAACCAAAGUUGAAGAUUUGGCACGUGUAUCCCUGAGAAAAGGUCCUCUGUAUAUCAAUGUGGACAGUGAAAACGAGACCUCCACUGUCGAUGGUUUGGAACAAGGUUACGUCGUUUGUGAUUCUGACAAACGAUUCUUGCUUCUUUUCUCAUUUUUGAAGAGAAAUCAAAAGAAGAAGAUCAUUGUAUUUCUCUCUUCGUGUAAUAGUGUCAAAUACUACAGUGAACUGUUAAACUACAUUGACUUACCAGUUUUAGAUCUUCACGGAAAACAGAAGCAACAGAAGAGAACGAAUACCUUUUUCGAAUUUUGUAAUGCUACACAAGGUGUAUUGAUCUGCACAGAUGUUGCAGCCAGAGGCUUAGAUAUACCUUCAGUUGACUGGAUUAUUCAAUUUGAUCCUCCUGACGAUCCAAGAGAUUACAUCCAUAGAGUUGGUCGUACUGCUAGAGGAUCCAAUGGUAAGGGAAAAUCGCUGAUGUUCUUAAUCCCUUCUGAACUUGGUUUCCUCCGUUACUUAAAAGCGGCUAAAGUCCCAUUAAACGAGUUUGAAUUUCCAACUAACAAGAUCGCCAACGUCCAGUCUCAGUUGGAAAAACUCAUUAAAUCCAACUAUUGGCUCAAUCAAAGUGCCAGAGAUGGUUAUACAGCAUAUUUGCAGGCUUAUGCUUCCCAUCAUUUGAAAACCGUUUAUCAAAUCGACAAAUUGGAUCUAAACAAAGUUGCCCAAUCCUUCGGUUUCAGUGUCCCUCCUCGUGUGAACAUCACGAUAGGUUCAAGUGGCAAAUCCUCCAAACCAAAGAAGCAGAGAAGAAAUUAA